GACAGUUCAAAUCCUCUCUCUAUCAACACUGUGUUGAUAAGCGGAACAUGAGUUGCAGGUAGCUGUUGGCGCUGUACGCACCCGCCGCAUCAGGGAUGCUGCUCUCUUUCAUAUCAAUGCGACAAAUCCGUCAACAUUGGCAGCUGCAAACAUGCCAGAUUCGCUAAAACAAUUAUUUUACUGGACCCGCAGGGUAUCGUAAGCCCUUUGAGUACGCUUCAGUCAUAAGCUACUCUUAUAAAUGGCCUGACAAUAAGCUUUAAAUAGUAUAAUUUUAACUGGUGCAGUAAACGAGCCAACAUUUCGUUUUUACUGGCAGUGCCCAGCCUUCCAUCUCUAAAACUAAGUUAUCACUGAGUAUAUCCGUAACCCAAGGACUGCACUCUAUGAACUUUUUUAAAAGGACGGUUAUUUUAAGUGCCUGUUGGUAUUUAAUAUGUCUUCGAACCAGCUUUGAAGAUCAUCACAGUACCGGAAUUGUACUUGAGCCCAUGGGCUUCAAGUACGAUUCUUAACCGGCCGUCCUAAAAGCGCUGCUCUAAAUAGAGCGUAUCAUUUGUGAAAAGAUUACUCGAUUGGCAGCAAAGUUAACAUACUAUUUUUUCUCGGUACGCUUGAAUUAAUCAUUGAAAGGGAUCUCAAUGUUGUAACUUGCUAUGAGCCGCUACUUGCCAAUUUAAAAGCAUCGGAGCUCAACAGGUCGAGUCUAUGUAAACUGAACUUUGACCGUCUCACAGCUCAUCUCCACGCUGCAACACUAAAAAUUGAUAAUCAAUAACUGUUUAUGGGAAGGGGCACGGGAAGGGGUGGAAAGUACCGAUUAUUGAUGCGCAAUUUAUUACUUACGCGUAAUUCGAAGUAAAUUAAUUAAAGAUUGGACAGUGAUCACAACUCCAUUCUUCUUUUUAUUUUACGGUUAAUAAAAACUGUAAUAGGUCUGUUUUCAAUAAAUAAUUUUAUCGACGAACUGAAAAAAAAUGGCUAACAUAGAAGAAGAAAAGCAAGAAAAUCCGGAACCUAAGCAGAUUGGACACAGCAGCAUGUCGCCAGGCAGGUAUGAAGAAAAUACUGAGGAAGACUCGGCAAAUGAAUCCCAAAAUUCACUGCCGCAAUGUAGUAAUCAAGGGUUAAGUAGCGAUCAAGAUGCUGUAGCACACCACUCAAGAUUAUUUAAAACAAAUGAAAAUGACACUAAGACCGUUGACUGCGUCAAUCUUGAUGCUUCAUGUGUCCAGAAAGACAAGGAAAGAUGGGCCAAAUUAUUACCAAUGGUGAAAAAUUUUUAUAUUGAAGACCCAGAAGUGAGCGAAAUGUCGCCCAGCCAAGUAGAAGAAUGGCGAAGCGAAAACUCAAUUGUUCAAGUAUUAAGAACCAAUGAAGAACAGGUUGAUUUGAAACCAAUACCUAACCCAGUGUUAACGUUUGAACAAGCAUUCAAAAACUAUCCAGAAAUUUUGGAUGCACUAUACAAGCAAGACUUAAAAAAACCAUCACCAAUUCAAAGUCAAGCCUGGCCAAUCCUUUUGGGAGGAGGAGAUUUGAUAGGGAUUUCACAAACUGGAACAGGUAAAACACUAGCUUUCUUAUUGCCCGCUUUGAUUCACAUUGAAGGCCAAAUCAUACCGAAAGAAAAGAGGCAAGGCCCCCCCGUACUCAUUUUAGAGCCUACAAGAGAACUUGUGAUUCAAAUAAGCAAGGAAGUAUCUAAGUAUACAAACAAAAAUAUAAAAACAAUUUGCCUAUAUGGAGGAAUACAGAAUAAGGAAGAUAUUUAUGAUUUUUUAAAAGGUGUUGACAUAGUGGUAGCCACACCUGGUAGUCUCAGAAAAUAUAUUGUUGCAAAUUAUUUACAUUCUAUGUUCUUUUCUUAUAUCGUUUUCGACGAAGCUGAUAAGCUUUUAGGUGUUGAUUAUGGAGAGGAUGUACAAGAAUCUUUGUUAGGUCUGCGGCCAGGUCACCAAACAGUAAUGACUGCGGUCACAUGGCCAGAUCAUGUAGCAAGCCAAGUAAACAAUUACAUGACGGAUGCGAUUCAUAUCAAUGCAGGUCCAUUACACCUGACAGCUGUCCCUACAAUCACUCAACAGCUAAUAUUUGUUGAAAUUAGACAUAGAGAGACAAUCCUAUUGAACUUCAUUACAAAUAUGAAGCCAACUGACAAAGUUAUUGUAUUUUGCAACUCCAAACCCACUGUAUUACGUCUAACAUCAGAAUUAUGUAUAAAUGGUAUAUAUUGCGAAUCUUUGUAUGGUGAUAGAGACUAUCAUGAUCGAAAAGUUGCUAUGGAGCAGAUUUUAAAUGGUUCUGCUACCAUCUUAAUAGCAACAAAUGUUGCUUCAAGAGGGAUUCAUAUUGAAGGCUUGACACAUGUCAUAAACUUUGAUUUCCCUCGAUCUAUGGUUGAUUAUAUAUUCAGAAUUGGUAGAACAGGCAGAGGAGGUAAAACUGGGACAGCUAUUUCCUAUGUAGCAAGAUAUGAUUGGAGACAUACCAAAAAAUUAAUAAGAAUAAUGAAUGAAGCAAACCAAGAAAUUCCCCGAGAAUUGAUUAUGGUUGCAGAUAGAUACAAUCAGAUUACUGCCCAGUACCAAGGUCAAAGGGACAAUGACAACAACAGAGAAAUAGAGUUUUUAAAUUUUUAUGAUUGAAUUCUCAUGAUUAUUAGAUAUAAAAAGAUUUACUAAUGUUUGCAUAAGUGUGGUCAAAUCAUGUUUAAAUAUUAUCAAGUAAAUAUCUUUGAUCUUUACUAUAUAACCUUGAUGUAUAAUCCAUAAUACAUUUUAAUGCAUUUAUGUAUGAAAUGUUUCCUGUUAAAUGCAUAUUUUUUUUGAAUCUUUAAGAUAAUGAGAUUAACAUCUAAUUACAUUUAAAUCCAAUCAUUGUUAGAAACUAAGAUUUGUAAGUUAAGUAAUACUUAAAAUGCAAGCAACUGCGGUUUGUAUCAAAGAACUUAUAAUUAUAUGAGCUUUUGCCCUCAACUCUUCUGGCACAGCUAUAAAAAAUAAUGAUUUAUAGCCAUAUAUUCUUCCACACUCUGAACUACAUCUGUUGAGUUGUUCUGGAAAAACCUUGUAACAUCUAUUCAAACUUUUGCAUUUAUUAUAUUAGUAACUAAAAAAGAAUAAACAAAUGGUACUAGUCCAUGAGUAUACUAUAGUUCUAUUUGUCUAUACUAUAAGUCGCUCAUAUAAAAUAUUAUGUGACUGUAGCCAGUAGUAUAACCCAAUUUUUAUCUUAUAUGUGUAAAAUUUAACUUAUUGGUGUAUGUAGUGAA